AGUGUUGAUUUAAGGGUCGAAAUUGAAAUUCAUAAAACCAGGGGUGGAAACUGUGAUUCGCUAAACCUUGGGUGGGAACAGUCGUCUACUCUUAAUUAUAUACUCGUAAUUCGUAAACAUCAAAUGUUUGAGGAGCAUAACAAAAUGAACAGGAUUUUUGGCUCUAGUUUUGAAAAUCAACUACCUUUAUUGUCUCGUAUGUCUGUUAAUACAGUUUCAAAGCUUUGUUUAUUUUACCUUGUACUCUUCAACUUCCGUUUCUUCCUGACCUGCCAUGGAGUUGAAGCAGCCAACAGCGACACCGGAGUUACAAACGUCGGUGCAAUUAUCGAUGAGAAUUCCCAUAUUGGGAAACAAGAGAUAACAGCGAUGAAUAUUGCAGUUCAAAGCUUCAACAGUAAUUCAAGAAACCACAAGCUCUCCCUUCACAUCCGGGACCAUGGAAGAGACCCCUUCCAAGCUGCUACGGCCGCUGAGGAACUGAUUAAGGAAGAGAAGGUAAAAGCGAUUGUUGGCAUGGAGACAUGGGAGGAAGCAGCUGCAGUUGCUGAUAUAGGAAGCCGGGCUCAAGUCCCUGUUGUUUCAUUUGCAACACCUGCCAUAGCACCAUCUUCAAUGUCUCUUCGAUGGCCUUUCUUAAUAAGAAUGGCUAAUAAUGAUUCUGAACAAAUAAAAUGCAUUGUGGCUCUAUCUCAGUCCUAUAAUUGGAGAAAAGUUGUAGCCAUAUAUGAAGAUAAUACAUAUGGAGGUGAUUCUGGGAAAUUAGCGCUUUUAUCUGAGGGUCUUCAGAGCAUUAGUUCUGAGAUUGAGCACCGCUUGGUUCUUCCACCAAUUUCUACCAUAUCUGACCCGAAAGAAAUUGUUCGAGAAGAGCUUGAAAAGGUACACGACAUACAAUCUCGCGUUUUCAUCGUUCUUCAGUCAUCCUUACCUAUGACUAUUCACUUGUUUAGAGAAGCUAAUAAGAUGGGAUUUCUAAGGAGAGAUUCAGUAUGGAUAGUUACAGAUACUAUUGCCAAUUACCUAGACUCUCUUAACACCUCUGCCAUCUCCUCUAUGGAAGGCACUCUAGGAAUCAAGAAUUACUAUUCUGAAACGGGUAGUUCUUAUCAGGAGUUUUCUUCCCAGUUCCAGAGAAAUUUCAUGACUGAAUAUCCAGAAGAAGAUUUCUUUAAGCCAGGAAUUCUUGCACUAAGAGCGUAUGAUAGCAUAAGACUCAUAACACAGGAAAUAGACAGAUUGACUAGUAACAGUAGUAGUCCCAAUACGUUGGUAGGAAAUAUGUUAUCUAGUAAUUUCUCUGGUUUAAGUGGCAGAAUUCAUUUCCAAGAAGGUGAGCUAUUGAACACAAACAUACUUAGGAUUGUCAAUGUUGUUGGAAGAAGCUACAAGGAGCUACACUUUUUUUUGCCAACGCAUGGAUUCUCGAGGACACUCAACGUUAGUGAUAAAAAUAAUAGUGAAGUUGGUGAUCAAACAGAAGGUUUGGCUAAUGAUGUGAUUUGGCCUGGGUCGAGGAAGCAAGUCCCGAAAGGAUGGGCAAUGCCUACUCCUGAAAAACCGAUGAGAAUCGGAGUUCCAGUUAAAACCUUUUUUCAGAAGUUUGUGGUUGAAUCCUCUGAUAAUUCUAAUAAAAAUAUGAACUAUUCUGGUUUCUGCAUUGAUCUCUUCCUUAAGGUGCUGGAAAAGUUGGAAUAUGAUCUACCAUACGAAAUAGUGCCGCAUGACGGCAUCUAUGAUGAACUGAUUAUGGGUGUCUAUAGCAAGACUUAUGAUGCUGCGGUUGGCGACUUGACCAUACUGGAGGAAAGAACACAAUACGUGGAAUUCACUCAACCAUACACGGAAUCAGGGCUGUCAAUGAUAGUUCCAGCCAAGUCCAAAAAUUCAAUGUGGAUGUUCUUGAGGCCUUUCACCUUUGAAAUGUGGGUGGCUACCAUUGCCACCUUCAUCUACACCAUGUUUAUAGUCUGGAUCAUGGAGCAUCAGUCAAAUCCGGAUUUUAGAGGCCCCUGGAAGAAUCAAAUUAGCAAUACUCUUUGGUUCACUUUCUCUUCUGUCUUCUAUGCUCACAAAGAGAAAAUUUAUGGCAACUUGAGUCGAGUGGUGGUUAUACUGUGGCUGUUCGUUGUGUUUAUCUUGACCGCAAGCUACACAGCUAGUCUGUCUUCACUGCUCACCGUCCAACGACUUGAACCAACUGUUACAGAUACGGAGUUCCUAAAGAGGAACAACUUAACUGUUGGUUGUGUUAACGAUUCGUUUGUAAAGAGUUACCUGACCACUGUGUUUGACAUAACAAAUAUUAACGCCUUUGACAAUAUAGAAACCAAUUAUGUACAAGAACUUGAAAGCAAGAACAUAGCUGCCUUAUUUCUUGAAGUUCCAUACGAGAAAGUUUUCUUCAAAAAGUACUGCAAAGGGUACACAACCACAGAAACCUACAGAUUUGGAGGCUUCGGAUUUGCAUUUCAAAGAGGGUCUCCAAUAGCCCUUGAUUUUUCUAGAGCCAUUCUGGAGUUGUCAGAGCACGGGGAGAUAAAACCAAUUGAAGACGACUGGUUUGCUCCCUCACCCGACUGUUCAGCCAAUGAAAGUAAUAUUAAAACCGAAAACUUGACUCUUCACAGCUUCUGGGGUCUCUACCUUGUCUAUGGCAUCGUUUCUCUAAUUUGUUUUCUACUAUUCAUCAUCCGGUUAUGGAAUAACUAUCGUGCUUAUCAUCAAGAAAAAUACCAAGGCAAUAUGACUUCAAGUGACAACCGUUUCUUGAAUAUGGCGGUUAGUCUUGCAAGAUUCUUUGAUAAUGGAAAGCAAAGUGAAAGUACUCCAAGAAGAAGUUCAGUUCUUGAUGAAGCACAGGAUUCCAGGUGGGAAUAUGGAAGUCCUUCUGACAAUACUUCAGAGAAGCUUCAUGUCUCUAUACCUUUGUCUUCUAUUCACCCGCUCAACAAAACUUUGUCACAUAGAUAUACCUGUUAA